ACAGUGUGGCCACUGGGAUGCUCACCAUGACGUUGGGCGGCGGCGACGGCGGGCGUGGCAGCAUGGGCUCCUCAAUGGCAGCCACGGUGUGUCGCCGCGUGUGCCGCCUGCGACGCGGAUGUCCAGCCAGUUUUGCUCCAGCAACCCCGAGAGGAACCCACGACGGCUGUGCUCGCUGGACGCGUCCUGCUCCAGAGGCACCCGGAUCGACUCCAGGAUGCCAGUGGAUCUGUAGCGGAUCGGCUGCGCGGCCAGCUUCGUCGGGAACCGGAGCCAUAAUGCGCGGCUGCGAGCCCAGCGGGUAGCUGAUGCGCUCGGUGCGCUGCGGGUCGCGUGUUCCCAAGCGGGUGGUCUGCGCGGUCAUGCCAUGCCACAUGCGUGCCGUCUGGUGUCCACCGCGCGCUGGCCAUGUGUGGGAACGACCGGCUGCGCGUCAGCACAUGUGCGUCGGGUACCAAUGGCAGCGGUUUGUCGCGGUUGGGCAGCAGUGCAGGCGACGCCGGUGGCGACGGUGUACCAUGGCCGGGCGUGCAGAAGAUACCAAAGACGCUGUGUCGGCGCUGCCGCGCGUCUCGAGCCCGCGGCAGACAGGCCGGCUGCUGCUGGCCCUGCUUCUUCCUUUGCUCCAGGCUCCUCCUGCUUCUUUCCUCUGUUCCUGUUGCUGUUGCUGUUGCUCGAUAUGCAGGGCUGCAUCCAGCAUCGCCUGCUGGUUAUGCUGCAGCACGCGCUCUGCAUCGGCUGCGGUGCGGCGCCGCGCGCUGGCCUGGCGGUUGGCUCGCAUAGUCUCGACAAACCGCAUGACUCCUGCGUGGUUGCGGUGGUAGCUGGCCAUCGGCUGCACCACCGGCUCAGCCUGCCGGAUCGAAGUCACUGGCGUACGACUCUAGGUGCUCGGGCUGGUCCAUAUCUUCCAUGCUCACGUAUUGCCCAGCUACCUGGAUGCCCGUCAGCUCGCCGCUGCUAUGGAACCGCACAAACGUCCCGUACGAUGUCUCGGGGCUAACCUUCCGAUGCAGCCGCGAUGACACGUGGACGCUCUGCAUGAACGCAUCAGUCAGCUUCUGCUCCACCG